GUCUGUACUUAGAGGUACGUCACGUGUUUUGUUCACUUCCGGCGGUUCAAUAAAGUUAUAAUACCUAUAGAAAUGGGAGCUGUUACAGAUGAUGAAGUUAUUCGAAAACGUCUUCUUAUUGACGGAGACGGGGCUGGUGAUGACCGCAAAAUCAACUUGCUGCUCAAGAGUUUCACUAAAUGGUGCAACUCGCCUGGGACCCCUGAGGAAGGGUUCACGCAGUACCAGAGGAUGUUGGGCACACUGGCCCAGUGUGAAUUCUCCAUGGGGAAGACUUUAAUGGUAUACGACAUGAACCUUCGGGAAAUGGAGAAUUAUGAGAAGAUCUACUCUGACAUAGAACAAAACAUCACGUCCGCUCAUGAGAAGAUAACCGAAUGCAAAAAAGAAAUUCAGAGGGCAAAGAGAAUAAGAAAGAAUCGCCAAGAGUAUGAUGCUUUAGCUAAGGUUAUCCAGCAACACCCAGACCGACAUGAAACACUGAAACAAUUGGAGGCGCUUGACAAAGAGCUCCAGCAACUGUCUCGAAUCAAGGAAAAUGUAGAUGCAAAGAUGGAGUUAAGAAAGAAGCAGUUCCAUGUGCUACUCAGUACUAUUCAGGAACUACAGCAGACUCUUGAUAAUGAUGAGAAAUCAGACAAUGACGACAACAAUCAGGGGAGCCCUGCUGGGAAUGAUGAAUGAAGUCGUGGAGAUACUGACAGAAGAUCAAUAAAGCAACCCUCUAAAAAAUGAUUCUUUUUUUGUGCAUGUGUGUAAGACAACUUUUUGUAUGAGUUUUUGAAUAAAAUUGACUUGCCCAAAUCA